UUGAGCCACUGCAGUACUAAGUCUUAAACAGGACUAGUCACAAUUGCACCUACUUUCACUUGCAUUAACUCUUUAGAUGACAUGCAGUGGCUGAGAGAAGACUUGUGUUAGAUAAAGAAACAGUAGCUGCUUGUGGGUGAUGAUGAAUUGCACACUGGUAUAUCUGCCACUGCAGGACACCUGCACAGCUUUUGUGCAAAGACAAGGUGACAGAGGACUUUUGCACGAUCCGGCAAAACAUAAGGACAAGCCUCAAAACUGCUCUGCGGCAAGAGACACAAGGAAACGAAACACAAUGCGUGAGCAGAGGAAGGGUGGGACUGAAAGAGGCAGAACUGACAGCGAAGAGAGAGUGAGAGAGGGAGACAGAGAGAAAGCAAGAAAAAGAGAGCGAGGGGAAAGAAAGUGGGGAGGGGGAGCUUGAACAUAGCUUUUCCAGUCAGCAUAAAAUGAGUAGACGAUGUGUGUAAAGUGGGCAGUACCAUUGUGAUGCUUUUCCCUCCCCGCUCUUGAUUUUUGCCCCUAAUUCCCACAUACACACUAACACGGACGCAAAUGCUAGACUAACAUCAUCACACACACGUUUCUCAAGAGAAGUCUUCAUGCCAGCUUUGGGGUUCCACAAUGGUGCUUAUUGGCAUAACUCUCAAAUCUGUCAUUAAGUACUUCAGGAAGAAGGCUGUGUCCAGUUUAGAUGAGGAAAGCAAGUGGUCAGUGCAUUACACAGCACCAUGGCAUCAGCAGGAGAAUGUGUUCCUGCCAGGAAGCAGACCUCCCUGUGUGGAAGAGCUGCACGGCCAAGCUAAGGUCAACCUGAAGACUGUCCUCAGAGAAUGUGACAAGCUGAGGAAAGAUGGCUUUCGUAGUUCCCGGUAUUACUCUCAAGGCCCAACAUUCUCCUCACCCCUCCUUUCUGAUAGAGAUGGGCAACUAGACCAAGAUGAAACGGAGAAGAAAAAAAAGUCAUCAGAGACAUCAGCUGAAGAAGAAAAGCUGGUGUACUCCUUCAGGCCACAGACCCCUCAACUGGAUAACAUCAGUGAUAUAAACAACCAUAACAGUUGGAGUAAUUGUCUGCCCUUACCAACGCCAGAGGAGAAGAUGAAGCAGCAAGCACAGUCUGUGACCACUGACAUCGUCCCCAUCAACAUUACAGGAGAGAACUUUGACCGACAGGCGAGUUUUCGUCGUACCAUAAUUAACACUGACACUAUAAUACGGAGGUCAAAAAGGGUGAAACGACGGAAAACAAUAACAGGGGUUACAGACAACAUCAAAAGAGAAUUAGCAAACAAUGAAAAAACUGGCAUCAGAACACAGUCCAUAUACACAACAGGCCAAUACUCCACCCUGGGUGGUGUAGGGAGUAUUAGCCCUUCCCUCAUGCAUUUAGUCACGCGUGACACCGGCUGCCAGAUAGAUGAUGUAAAGAUUGUACCCCCCUCAAUGCGCAGAAUCCGUUCACAGAGAGGCCAUGGCAUUGCUACUCAAAUGGCAAACAUCACUCUCUCAUCUUCUGGUAGCAUCUCCAACAUGAGUGACUGCAAUGGUGAUAUUUAUACUUGUCAACUUAAUGGCAGUGACCAAGGCUUUCACAGUCUGCCUCGUCAUGGUGCUCAAAUUUGUGUUCAAAAGCUUGAAACAAUUUGUAGCAGUUCUCCGUACUUGGCGGUGUCUGGCUCCACAAGCUCCUUACCCUAUCAGGUUACCAUGCAACAUGCUAGCCCAGACUCACAGCACAAGUCUGAUUUCAGAAUAAAUACCUCAAUUAGUUCCACGUCUGAUGAAUUUCAUGGUUUCCAGAAUGAAUGUCAUACUGCAACUUCAAACUACAUGGUUUCCAAACACAAUAGUAGCACAUCCUCCUUGAAUUCUGGUAUUGUUUUGCAAAAUGCCAGAAACCUUAGUUCUGUCCACUCAUCACAAAGCUUUGACACAGAAGACACCCCACUACAUUCUUUGUCAUCUUGUCCCUCAGACCACCCUUUCAGUAGUAGUGGUACCUCGUGCUCUGCCAGCUCCUCCUGCUGUCAGUCUCCGGCCUCUCUCCACAUUGCUACAGAAACUGAGUCUCUAUGUAGUACCCUUGAUGGAAAGAACUGCAGUCCCCAUGGUGUCUGUGAAGACUCUGACAUGUUGGAGAGCAGAAUUCAUAGCUGCAGCAUAUUGACCACUGACCACUGGAUAUAUAAACCUGCUCCAAUGGAUCAACGGACCUCGAGCUGUCCCUCUACUAUCAUUAAUGUUUGUAAUAGCCUGGAACUUUCACACAACAAGACAGAUGCCAGCUCUAUGCGUUUGACACCAGAUUGCAAAUCAUACAGCCAUGGUUGCAUCAACAAAGCAGGUAAUACAAGACACAAUUUGUAUGAGUGUAGAGCACACCACAGUCAUGAUGACCAUACAAGCCUGCACCGUAAUCAUUCUCUAGGCCGCAGCGUUUCCCUGCGGAAAGCCAAAAAGCCCCCACUCCCUCCCAAAAGGACCGACUCAUUGCAACGCAAACCACAACAAAAACCAAACAGCAACAAGAUACUCCUAAAUGAGCAACUGAUCUCCAGUCUCAAUGAAUCCCUGAAAAAUCAAAGUGUCGCAUACUCCGGCCAGAUACCCUUAAGUGGAUUAGAAGACCGCUGGGGACCGGGUCACAGAAGCCAAGGCUCUGUUGGUGUAGCAAGCAGUGGAAUGUCAGCACCAUGUACCAUGUGCCCAACCACACCUACACACAGUGACAGCAGCAGUCAACACUCUGAAUACACUGAGUCAUGGGACUUUCACAUGGACUUUCCCAACUCAAGCUCUGAACAUAUGCCAUCCACUCAAAUUAUGAAACCUGCCUGCAUCAAGACUGGGCUAAAUUUCAAGAUGUCUGCAUUACCAGACAAAGUCCAACUUAUGACAUCUCCAUCUAGUGGUUAUUCAAGUCAAUCCAUUUCCCCAACUGCAGGAACACCAGUAACGUCACUUCUAAGAGUCAAAUCUCCAGAAGGAAGGCCCAAGCCCAAAGUCCCAGAGAGGAAGUCCUCACUGCGGUCCUCUGUUUUCUCUUACUCUAAACCCCUGUCCUCAGACACAUCGGAUUCUGUUAAGAGCCUUCCAGCACCUCCACCUCUACCUAAAACUUUGCCUGGUUUAGUCACCAUUCAGUCUAGUUUUACUAGCCCUAUGCCCAGUUUAGUUAAGUCCAAUUUAUCCUCAACCACACCAUUACCACCUACUCUGGCUAUAAGCCCUACUUCUAAGGAAAAGCAAAGUUCUCCCACAGUGUCAUCCACAAUAACAGAGGAAUGUAAUCCAUCCAUAAGCUUCUCUUCUGACCCUUCUCCUUUCACAUCAGAAGUCUCAAAUCCCCUGAUGCUGACUAAAAAUAACAAAAACCCUCUACCACUCCCAUCACCUCCUCCACUUCCUCCUUCAUCAAGUGUCCACACUCAGCCUCUUACCCCUUCUUCCCCUGGGACAGGUAUUUCAGCAAAUUCUGCUAUGAAUUUGGAUACAAAGGAAAAUGUAAAAAAACUCAAUUCUAGUCAAUCUUUCGAUCCUAAAAGUCAUGAGAGACCAGUAAUUACUUCACAAGCUCUUCAGAGGGUACAACUCAGACCAAUAAAGCUUAUGAAACUGGAAAAUAUUUUCACAGAUAUCAUUACAACAGUGUGUGAUCCAGAAAACCGAGAACCUGACAAGGAGGCCAAUACUAGUACAGACAAACCUGUAGAAACAGAGAUUGUCAACUCUGACUCAGUCAGUCCACUACAGAACGGUAUUAAUACAACAGAUUUUCCAUUAAAGGAGCUCAAACCUACUUUGCUGGUCUCUAACCCAGCUUCUGUUUUACUUGAAGCACACAGCAAUACCCCUCCUAGUGGGAACAUUCUGGGGCUUUCACUUGAUUCUGGACAUCUAUUUACUUCUGCCAACUCUGAUUUUCUACAGUCCAUAGAUACUUCAUGUACAUCUAAUGAUACACUCAAGGAUCAGAGGUUUGCAACAUCACCUAAAAAGUCUAAUCUUUCUCUGAUUAUGCCAACCAUUUUGCAUCAACCAGAUUUGAAUGGUCUUGAGGAUCUUGAAGUUACUGCCUCAGCAAUGACUGUAGCCCCAGAGAGCAUAAACAGUAAGUCUCUGACAGAAAAUCAGGAUGAGCUUCCACUACAACUAGAGUUCGAGGUAGAGAGUGAUUCUCACAGUUCUACUCCUGUAAGUCCAAGAAGACACUCGAUCAGCAGUGAAGUCUCUUCAGACAGUCUGACUGACUCUCAACUCAGUGGCCUGACUCUCAAUGACCAAGACAUUGGAUUGUGUGAUAUAGAUCUUGGACUGAUUGAUAAAGACCUUGUGCUAAGUGAUGAUAAAGGCAUUACAGAUGAUAGCUUAAGUAACAGCUCAGGAUCUGUCAUCUUCAAAGAAGAAGAAAAUUAUGAAGAAAAUGAUGCUGCGUUUGAUUCUGGAACAGAUAGCUCCUCUCCAACGUUCAGCAGUACAGGAGAAAAUAUUGAGGAAAUGAUGACACCUGGACGUCCACUCACUACCGAUGACCUAUUUGCAGUCAUCCACAGAUCAAAGAGGAAGGUUCUAGGGCGCUGCGACUCUGAGGAAGAACGUUUCCGUGGUUUUAUUACCUCACCACCCAUCACACCCACAAGUCCCAGUCCCAGCAUGACUUGGAUGACCCGUCAGAGUAGCAGCAUCCAGCGUAGGAUGCGCCGAUCUACCACCAGCAAUGAUAGCUUCAAAGCACUGCUUCUUAAGAAGGGCAGCCGCUCCGAUCCUGGUUUCCGAAUGUCUGCUAAGGAGAUGCUGAAAUGCACCGAUCCUCGGCUACAGAGAUCCAAUGUAGAUGGCCCAUCUCCCUUUUUAGAUCAGUGCACCUCCCCAGAUAGAAGCAGCAGAGCAUACGAGGAAUGGGCACGCACAGAGGGUGCUUUGCCUCGCCUUUCCCCCUCACUAACACACUCCAAAUAUGGCCGCGCCAGUACUCCACCUUGUGCUGCUAGCAGCCGGUAUAACUCCCGCAGUCGCAUCCCUAGUGGGCCAAUGACUGUGAUAUGUGAAAGGGAAGGGGAACUGACUGAGUCGAUAGACUGCUGCAAUAUUCCUUUCCCUGCGUCACUGUCCUCCAGUGGCACAGUGUGCUCUCAAGGCAGCACUUAAAAUCCAUCUGGAGAUUUUUUUUUUAUUCAACUAACCACCAUCGAAAAAAUGGUUUAUCCUACAUUCAACGAGAGUGCUACAUUUUUGCUUGCUGCAGAUGCUAAUACUGGCCCACUGUAGCCAAAGACAGAUAUGGGAAAGGGGAAUCUACAAUCUACCACUUCCUAUUCACUCUUCUCCAUGAAAAGAAUUUCACUGACUCAUAAGAUAUUAUCCGAUAUUACGUUUUUUUCCAUCUGUUAAUUUGUCUUCUCUUUUUGCAGGUUAGGAAAUGCAGGAUACAUGCAAGUUUCCUUUUUGGCAUGAUAAGCGAGAAGGAUUUAGCUGAAAUGAGAGAGGAUUAUUAUUGAGUGCUUGUUCUUGGUUAGUGGAUAAAUCUUGACCAAAUCAAACAUGCUAUAAAUAACAGCACAUCCUACUUACACAAAUGACAAGUAAAGCAGGUUUGGGUCAAAAUGGAAUUGAUAUGUUUGGGAGAGUGAAGGUUAACGUGAGAACAUAAAGAACUGUAAUAGUGAAGUUGUUUAAGAAUGUAUAUGGAGAUGUGUAUAUGCACGGUCAGAUAAAAUAAGAGGUAUUUGGAGGUAUUUAAAAAGACUGAAUUCAACAGUGUAGAGUUGCACUAUAUUUUAAAUGCUAAUUUAUAUUGUGUCCAACUAUUUUCAGUUUCUAAAAAAAUGUGUAUGAAUGGGCACAUGUUCAACAAAUGCUUAAAUAUCUUUUUUUUUUUAACCAAAAAAAAUUAAAGGUAUAUUACUAAGUACUCUAAUCUUCUGUAUGUUACAAAUAUGAAAAGAAUACAGGUGCUAAAAAGCUCUAUAUCAUAAAUGGUGCAUACUCAGUUUGCUUAGGUUAAAACGAGUAUAUUGCUUGUAGCAGCCCUCAGUGAAAAGCUCACUUAUGUAUUCAUGUUGCUUCAGAGGUACUGUAUGGAAAUCUUGAAGUGCUAAUUAACAAAUCCACAACAGAAUAGCAUAGACAAAUACAGUACAAAAGAAAUAAAUGCUAUUCCAAAAAUAGUAUGAAAUGAGCAUAAGUGGCUAAAAUGAACAAACAAACAAAAGAAAAAAACACAAUUGCAAAUCUGAAAAGCAAAUAUAAAAGCAAAUAUAAAGACACGAUUGUAGACAGGAAAGAACAGCUAUUCUGAAAACCCAGUUCUCAAACCAAAAAACGACACUAAAAAUCAGAUGUGUGUAUCAAACUGACUGAUCAAAUAAAAGAGUAAAUUAUUUGGGCACCUUGUGAUGAAUGCACUUAUUGGUUAUCUAAUAUUAGAUCAUAUGUUUGUCCUGUAUUUAUCUUCAGUAACAUCUUUAUUCUGGUCACAUUUACUGUACACCUACAGUAGGGUGUGUUUUUAGGAGGUGGGAGAAAACUGAAAAUCCUAGAGGAAACACAUCCUGACAGUAAAUUACUUUACCACCAUGGCACCCUUUUAAAAAAGCACAUAUAUUUAAAAAAAAAAAAGAUUGUCAUUAUAGUAAACAUGUUAACAGAAUUGCCCAGAUAUUUUAACUUAUUGAUAUUCAGUUAGCUUUUCUGAUUUGAGGAAUGACUUGCUAUUUUUUCCCCCAGAUUUGCCACUGUGUGUUUUUUUUUAAAUCGUUUAAUUGUUAAAUACGUUUUGCACUUCAAGGCUUUCACAUUAGUGCAUUGUAUAUUCUAUUUGUUUAAGUUCAAAAAACUUAAGUUCCAUAGUCCUGAGAGCUGAGAAAUUAGCUGAGAAGUCUCUUCACUGCAAUAAAGUUUGUUGACCAAUUUUCCUGUGACAUUUGACUUGUAUAGCAGUGGCCUCCUGUACGACUGCAUAUGAAAAUGAUAUACUGUACAUCCAGAUAUAAAAUAUAAUAAAAUGUAUAUGCAUUUUUAAACACUAAAAACAAUAAGUUUGAGAUGAA